CCCGAAGCACGGAGAAGAGGCCCCCCGGUGAAAAUGGACAGCCCGGAACGACUAUCCCUCCCCACCGGACGGUCCCUGCAGCAUAGAUGGCCAAAACCAGCUCACCCUAACUUCCCGCCGAGGGGAGGCACAUGGAAUUUCUGAUCCAAAGCCUGACCUUUAAGUAAUCUCCAUAUGCAGUGAUCCUGGAAUGAGUUUUAAUUGACAGUAGCAUAUGUUAUGUAAGAUUGGCUCAUCACUAUAAGGCAACUGCACAGGACACAGACCACUGUAACUUUCCUCCGGAGACCUUUACGCAGGACAAUGCUGGUGCUACAUUCUCUGUAUGCACUACUUAUACUGGUGCCACUAUGUAUUUUGGCUGAUGAAGACCCAACGCAACCCCAACGAAAUCCUUGUGCUAACUGGAUGGGGGGAGCACCAGGAUAUCCUGGACACAAUGGGCUUCCUGGAAGAGAUGGCAAAGACGGAAAUGAUGGACAGAAAGGAGAUAGAGGAGAACAAGGUGAUAAAGGGCAGAAGGGAGAAGUUGGUGUACAAGGACCUUCAGGACUUGAAGGUCCACGUGGCUUUCCAGGUCCCCAGGGCUCAACAGGAGAGAAUGCCUUUCUACAUCGUUCAGCCUUUAGCAUGGGCCUGACAACCAGAGUUAAUACCCCAAACGUGCCUAUACGCUUCACAAAAGUGUUCUACAAUGACCAGCGCCACUAUGAUGACACCACAGGAAAGUUCACCUGCCAUGUUAAGGGCCUUUAUUUAUUCACCUACCAUCUUACAGUCUACAUGAAGGAUGUCAAAAUUGGAUUAUACAAGAAUAACAAACCUAUUAUGUUUACCUUUGACCAGUUUCAGACAAAUAAUGUGGAUCAGGCCUCUGGCUCAAUCCUUCUGGCCUUAGAGAGCGGAGAUGAAGUUUGGCUACAGAUAUAUGGGGAGGAUUUUGGAGGCAUCUAUGGAGACAAUCUCAAUGACUCCUCAUUCUCUGGAAUCCUGUUAUAUCCAGACCAUGAUAACUGAUGUAACUCUUCGCAUACCCAAUAAAAAUGUCCUGCUGUCUGUAAAAGAGACAAUAAAAGUUAUAUCAUAUAAAAAAAAAUGUUGCCCUGUAAUGGGAUUCAUAUUUACUACAGAGCUAGGCACUCAC